AUGUCACAGACUAGGAGGAGCACGUACACCCGGGUGAGUACCAGCAGCGGCAGCAGCAGGAUGAGCUCGGACGGGGGCGGGCGGCCCAUCAAGGUGGGCUCCCUGGUGGAGGUGAUCGGGAAGGGGCAGCACGGCACCGUGGCCUACAUCGGCAACACGCUCUUUGCCUCUGGGAAAUGGGUGGGAGUCAUCCUGGACGAGGCCAAGGGCAAGAACGACGGCACCGUGCAGGGCAAACGCUACUUCACCUGCGCGGAGAAUCGUGGGAUAUUUGUGAGACAAUCACAGAUCCAGCUGGUUGACGAUGGAGCCGACACAACGUCUCCAGAGACUCCUGAGGCCAGCACCGGCAAGGUUCCCAAACGAGAGAUCCUGGAGACGCCCAAGUCCACUAAACUGACCACGGCCAGAAGGCCCAAGCAGCCCAGCCGACCUGUAGGUGGGAAAAGCACUGCGUCCGGCUCGGCCUCGGCCUCUGCUGGGGAGAUGAGCAGCAGCGAGCCCAGCACGCCGGCCCAGACCCCUCUGGCGGCUCCAAUCAUCCCCACCCUCCACUCCCCAGGAAACCCUCCGGCCCCCAUCCCCAGCAAGGAGGAGGAGGCGCUGCGUGUUCAGGUGAAGGACCUGGAGGAGAAGCUGGAGACGCUGAAGAUGAAGCGAAUGGAGGACAAGGCCAAGCUGAAGGAGCUGGAGAAGCACAAGAUCCAGCUGGAGCAGUUGCAGGAGUGGAAGACCAAGAUGCAGGAGCAGCAGGCCGAGCUGCAGAAACAACUCAAAGAGGCCAAGAGGGAGGCAAAAGAAGCCCUGGAGGCGCAGGAGCAUUACAUGGAGGAGAUGUCGGACACAGCGGAUGCGAUCGAGAUGGCCACACUGGAUAAGGAGAUGGCCGAGGAGAGGGCCGAGUCUCUGCAGCUGGAGGUCGACUCCCUCAAGGAGAAAGUGGACGAGCUCACCAUGGACCUGGAGAUCCUCAAGCACGAGAUCGAGGAGAAAGGUUCGGAUGGUGCUGCCUCUAGUUACCAUGUGAAGCAACUGGAAGAGCAGAAUGGGAGGCUGAAGGAAGCACUGGUCAGGAUGCGUGACCUGUCCUCUUCAGAGAAACAGGAACAUGUGAAGUUGCAGAAGCAGAUGGAGAAGAAGAACGUGGAGCUGGACACUCUGAGGAGCCAGAAGGAAAAACUGCAGGAGGAGAGGACGGCGGCAGAAAAGACCGUCGACGAGCUCAAAGAACAGGUGGAUGCAGCCUUGGGGGCGGAGGAGAUGGUGGAGAUGCUGACGGAGAGGAACCUGGACCUGGAGGAGAAAGUCAGGGAGAUGAGAGAGACGGUCACUGACCUGGAAGCUAUAAACGAGAUGAACGACGAGCUGCAGGAGAACGCCAGAGAGACGGAGUUGGAGCUGAGGGAGAUGUUGGAUCUCGGCGCCGCGAAAGUCAGAGAGUCCGGGAAACACGUUGAGGCAGCGCAGGAGACCGUAGCUGAUUACCAGCAGACCAUCAAGAAAUACAGAGAGCUCACUGCCCACCUGCAGGAGGUGAACAGAGAGCUGACCAGCCAGCAGGAAGCCUCAGCAGAGCUGCAGCAGCAGGCGCCGGCAGAGCUGUUUGAUUUCAAGAUUAAGUUUGCAGAGACGAAGGCCUAUGCCAAGGCGAUUGAGAUGGAGCUGAGGAAGAUGGAGGUGGGUCAGGCCAACAGACACGUUUCUCUUCUGACCUCCUUCAUGCCCGAGUCCUUCCUUCGUCAUGGUGGAGACCACGACUGCAUCCUGGUGCUGCUGCUCAUCCCCAGACUCAUCUGCAAGGCCGAGCUGAUCAGCAAACAGGCCCAGGAGAAGUUCGACCUGAACGAGAACUGUGUGGAUCGAGCCGGGCUGAAGGGAGCCGUCGGGGAGCAGCUGAGCUUCGCUGGCGGUUUGGUUUACUCGCUGAGUCUGCUGCAGGCCACGCUGCACAAAUACGAACAGGCUCUGGCUCAGUGCAGUGUGGAUGUCUAUAAGAAGAUCGGCUCUCUGUACCAGGAGAUGAGCGUCCACGAGCGUUCUCUGGAUUUCCUCAUCGACCUGCUGCACAAAGACCAGCUGGACGAGACGGUCAACGUGGAGCCGCUCACCAAGGCCAUUAAAUACUAUCAGCACCUCUACAGCAUCCACCUGGCCGAUCAGAGCGAGGACUGCACCAUGCAGCUGGCUGAUCACAUCAGAUUUACCCAGAGUGCCUUGGACUGCAUGGCGGUGGAGGUCGGACGGCUGCGGGCGUUCCUGCAUACGGGUCAGGAGAAGGCCGACCUCGCCGUGCUGCUGAAGGACCUGGAGACGUCCUGCAGCGACAUCCGACAGUUCUGCAAGAAGAUUCGCCGCAGGAUGCCUGGAACCGACGCGCCGGGCAUCCCAGCAGCUCUCAACUUUGGACAACAGGUGUGCGACACCCUCUCAGACUGCAGGAAACACCUGACCUGGGUGGUGGCGGUGCUGCAGGAAGUGGCGGCAGCCGGAGCUCAGAUGAUGUCGCCUCUCGGUGAACAGGAGGGGCUGUCUGCCGUCAAACUGGAGGAUGUGGCGUUCAAGGCAGGAGAGCAGAUUUAUGGAUCCCAGGGCUCCAGCCCCUACGAUUGUCUGCGUCAGUCCUGUGGCAUGGUCAUAGCCACCAUGAACAAGAUGGCCACCGCCAUGCAGGAGGGAGAAUAUGACUCAGAGAGGCCUCAGAACAAGAACCCUCCUCCUGUGGAUCUGCGAGGAGCUGCUCUUAGAGCUGAAAUCACCGAUGCAGAAGGUCUCGGCAUGAAGCUGGAGGACAGAGAGACGGUCAUCAAAGAGCUGAAGAAGUCUCUCAAGAUUAAGGGAGAGGAGCUGAGCGAGGCGAGCGUCCGUCUCAGUCUGCUGGAGAAGAAGCUGGACAGCUCGUCCAAAGAUGCAGACGAACGUGUUGAAAAGAUUCAGACUCGACUGGACGAGGCCCAGACUCUGCUGAAGAAGAAAGAGAAGGAGUUUGAGGAGACGAUGGACGCUCUGCAGGCCGACAUCGACCAGCUGGAGUCGGAGAAGGCCGAGCUGAAGCAGCGAAUCAACAGCCAAUCGAAGAUGACCGUCGACGGGCUCAGAGGAACCGGCCCGUCAGGAAUCGCUUCCAUCGUCACGGGAGCAGCAGGAGCAGCCAACGUGGUGCCCGGAGCCGGUUCGGGGGUCCAGGUGAUCGACUCUCCUCUGCUGACUCAGCAGAUUGAUGCUCAGAGACUCUGCAUCAAACACCUGAAGAACGACAACAACAGGCUGAAGGCUGAGAAGAUGCGCGCUCAGCUCGCCUCUCUUCCUCCUCUAAAUGUCACCAAACUUCCCUCCAGAGAGGGAGGUCGUCCUGAAGUGCUCUCCAGCGCCCUCUACCGCAAGACCGACCAGCUGCUGGAGACUCUGCUGCAAAUGAGUGCCAACGUCAAGGUGGUGGACAUCACUGGGAAAUCUCCUGUGACCCCUGGUGCUCAGCUGAUGGAACAGACGGCCAGAUUACAGUCCCUCAGCGACACACUGGGCAGAUUGAAGGACGAAGUAGCGGAGCACGUCAUCCACCAGCAGCCAGGAGCUCGCGUCUCGUCUGAUUUUGCGACGUUCCCUUCAACGUUGUUUGUUAAGGCGAAGGAGGAGAAGCAGGCCGACACGGUUCUGGUGGGUCGGGUCAUGGUUCCCUGUAACCGCGGCCAGGAGCAGAUCCACCGCCUCGUCCUGUCACAGUCUCAGCUGCAGCGAGUCCACAGUCUGCUGCAGACCUAGACUUCACCUGCGAUCCUACCUGCUGCACCACCACCACCACCACCAC